GAUGAUUCCUCCCAGGGGCUGUGCUUAUGUGUGUAUGGUUCAUCGACAAGAUGCAUUUCGAGCUCUUCAGAAACUUAGUUCUGGGUCAUAUAAAAUUGGGUCCAAGGUCAUUAAGAUUGCUUGGGCUUUAAACAAAGGUGUAAAAACAGAAUAUAAACAAUUCUGGGAUGUGGAUCUUGGAGUCACUUAUAUACCAUGGGAAAAAGUUAAAGUGGAUGACUUGGAAGGUUUUGCAGAAGGAGGCAUGAUUGAUCAGGAGACUGUAAAUACUGAAUGGGAAACUGUGAAAAGCUCAGAACCUGUUAAAGAGACGGUCCAGACAACUCAGAGUCCAACUCCAGUUGAAAAGGAGACAGUGGUCACAACCCAGGCAGAGGUUUUCCCUCCACCUGUUGCUAUGUUGCAGAUCCCAGUAGCACCAGCCGUGCCUACAGUUAGUUUAGUCCCACCAGCGUUUCCUGUGUCAAUGCCGGUUCCUCCUCCUGGGUUCAGUCCAAUUCCUCCACCUCCUUUUCUACGAGCAAGUUUUAACCCUUCACAACCACCUCCUGGUUUCAUGCCUCCUCCAGUUCCCCCACCUGUUGUACCACCGCCUACGAUUCCACCAGUAGUACCAACAUCUUUAGUGCAGCCACCAUUAUCCAUGACCCCAGAAACUGUGAAAGAUGUUGGAUUUGGUAGCCUUGUUUUACCAGGUGGUUCUGUUGCCAGCACUCUUGCUACUUCUACUCUGCCAGCUGGAAAUGUUUUUAAUCCUCCAAAUAAACAAGCAGAGCCUGAAGAAAAAGUACCUCAUCUUAUAGAUCAUCAGAUUUCUUCUGGUGAAAACACUAGAUCAGUGAUUCCAAAUGAUAUUUCAAGUAAUGCUGCAAUUUUAGGAGGACAGCUGCCAAAUGUGACAAGCAAUUCUGGAAUUCUGGGAGUCCAAAGACCAAAUGUAUCAAAUAAUUCUGAAAUUCUUGGGGUCCGGCCAUCUAAUGUUUCCAGUAGUCCUGGGAUUAUUGGAGCCCAACCACCAAAUAUUCUAAAUAACUGUGGAAUUUUGGGAAUACAACCACCAAGUGCGUCGAGUAGUUCUGGACUUUUAGGAGUACUACCCCCAAAUAUGCCUAACACUUCUGGACUUGUAGGAGUACAGCCACCAAAUGUUCCAAAUACUUCUGGACUUUUGGGAACACAGCCACCAGCUGGACCUCAAAACUUACCCCCUUUAAAUAUCCCUAAUCAAAGGAUGCCUGCAAUGCCAAUAUUAGACAUUCGUCCAGGACUAAUACCACAAGCACCUGGGCCAAGAUUCCCUUUAAUACAGCCUGGAAUUCCACCCCAACGAGGAAUCCCUCCCCCAUCCAUACUUGAUUCAGCUCUUCAUCCACCACCCCGUGGACCUUUUCCUCCAGGAGAUAUUUUUAAUCAGCCAGAAAGACCUUUUCUAGCUCCUGGAAGACAAAGUGUAGACAAUGUUACUAACCCAGAAAAAAGGAUACCACUUGGUAAUGAUAACAUUCAACAGGAAGGAGAUAGAGAUUACCGGUUUCCUCCCAUAGAAACCAGGGAAAGCAUUAGUAGACCUCCCACAGUGGAUGUUAGGGAUGUGGUUGGGCGGCCUAUAGAUCCAAGAGAAGGUCCUGGAAGGCCUCCAUUAGAUGGUAGGGAUCAUUUUGCAAGACCUCCUAUAGAUAUAAGAGAGAAUCUCGUGAGACCAGGUAUAGAUCAUCUUGGUCGAAGAGACCACUUUGGUUUUAAUCCAGAGAAGCCCUGGGGCCAUAGAGGAGAUUUUGAUGAGAGAGAGCAUCGGGUUCUACCUGUCUAUGGUGGUCCAAAAGGCUUACAUGAAGAAAGAGGUAGAUUUCGGUCUGGAAACUAUCGAUUUGAUCCUAGAAGUGGUCCUUGGAACAGAGGAUUUGGACAAGAAGUUCACAGAGAUUUUGAUGACCGCAGAAGACCCUGGGAGAGGCAGAGGGAUAGAGAUGACAGAGAUUUUGAUUUCUGCAGAGAAAUGAAUGGAAAUCGACUUGGACGAGAUAGAAUUCAAAACACUUGGGUCCCCUCUCCUCAUGCUCGAGUUUUUGAUUAUUUUGAAGGGGCCACUUCUCAACGAAAAGGUGACAAUGUGCCUCAAGUUAAUGGUGAAAAUACAGAGAGACAUGCUCAACCACCACCUUUACCAGUACAGAAUGAUCCUGAACUUUAUGAAAAACUGACAUCUUCAAGUGAUAUAAACAAGGAGAAGAGUGACACAGUUGCUGAUAUAGAAAGUGAACCAGUGGUAGAAAGCACAGAAACUGAGGGGACAUAAUCAUCACUCAGUAGGUAAAAGAUACCUUUUGUAAAGUUGUCAUCUCUCUGUAAUAGAUUAAUGGCUUGACUGGACCAUAGUUGUUCACUUUUGUCUGCCAGAGUUAAGUUAAUCCGAUGUUCAUGUUCACCUUUCUCUUAAAAUAAUUGUACAACUGACUUGUAUAGACAUUGUUCUUAAUAUGAACAUGGUAGGUAAACAUUUUUUUUUUUAAUUUUUCUGGUAAAAUAUAAAUGUUUCCCCCAGAUUCUUUUAACGUCAAGGAAAUGAAUAACAGCUUGUCAGAGACUUCCUAUGGAAGAAAGAAUUUUUUAGAUACUGUCAUUAGGUUGGAUAUGGUAAUAGAUAUAUUUCAAAAUAGCAAGUGAUGGUAUAUCUUAUCCAUAUCUUUAGGCUGCUGCAGAAUUUUAAGGUAAUAGACAAAGCUGUGAUAUUUUAUGCAAAGACUGGCUCUAGAUAUUUGAGGAGCACAAUACAGAGAUUUUAAAAAGUGAUUUUGUAAAAUCUACACUAUGGUCUCUGUUUCUCCAAAGUAAGUGUUUGUGAUUGUUCCUCAUACUGCAGUGAGUAAAAAAGAAAACCACAUAAAUAUUAAAGUACGUUUCAAUGUUGGGUGAAUUUUGUUUUUAGAUGCCAAUAAAACUUAUUUGUUUGAUAACA